UCUUUUCUCUUUGCUCCGUGGCAUUUUGUGUCUCAGCUGCCUCCCGCCACCGGUUUCACCAGAACCCUCCGCUGCAAACACCCCCAGGGACAGAGAACCACCGCGUUACGUGAGUAGCAACAUGUGAUCGCUGUAUGGAUUUCCACCGGACCAAGGUGACAGAGAACACAGUGAUCGUUCAGAGCCUGGAAACUGUUCCUUCACCAUAAAAUGCCAUGAAAAAAGCUCAGAGAUCGAUGCGUGACCUUCAGUCUCUGAGAUGAUUUGUGGAGGCUUAGUGUGAGUGAUGUGAAUAAGCUGAGGAGCUCCGAGGGCAAAGGGAAUGCAGACCUGUCAGCUAUAGCUUGUAUGGUAGCGCCAUGCCCAGGCGGGGGUUGCAGCUCCAGGGCCGAGUCCGCUGGAUGUUCCUGGGCCUCUUCCUGCUGCUGGUUCUGCUGCUGUUCGCCUACCUGCUGGAGUGCACGCCCCCGGCGGACGUCAGCCUGGUCCUGCCCGGUUUGGUCCCCGACACGUAUGGGAAGGAGUACUACCAGGCCCUGCUGCAGGAACAGGAGGAGCGCCACCUGAACCGGGCCGCCAGUCUAAAACGGCAGAUCGCCCAGCUGAAGCAGGAGCUGCAGGAGAUGAGCGAGAAGCUGAAGCUCCUCCAGGACAAGAAGGAACUCCCCGGCGGCCAGGGCCUGACGGAGGCUAAAGACCAGGAGCCCGGAGACCUGCUGGAGUACCUGCACUCUCAGAUCGACAAGGCCGAGGUCAACACGGGGGCGCGGCUCGCCAGCGAGUACGCCCUGGUCCCCUUCGAGAGUUUCACCUCGUCCAAGGUCUACCAGCUGGAAAUGGGGCUAACGCGGCACCCAGAGGAGAAGCCGGUCCGGAAAGACCGCAGGGACGAGAUGGCGGAGGUCAUCGAGGCGGCGCUGGACAUCAUCAACAACCCUGACGAGGAGGACGGCGUGGAGGAAGAUGUGCCGAUGCAGAGGCAGACGUACACUGUGGCGCACUUCACCGAAGGACUGUACCGGACAGAGCGAGACAAAGGGACGCUUUAUGAGCUUUUCUUCGCCAAAGAAGAUUCCAGCAGCUUCCGCCACGUCACGCUGUUUCGUCCUUUCGGUCCCUUAAUGAAAGUCAGGAGCACAUCUGUAGAAACAUCAGGAAUGAUUAUUAACAUCAUCGUGCCGCUGGCGGGCAGAGUCGACACUUUUUCACAGUUCAUACAAAACUUCAGGGAGGUUUGCAUCCAGCAGGACAGACGAGUGUAUCUGACCGUGGUUUACUUUGGCCAGGACGGGCUCCAGGAGGUGAAGUCAUCUCUGGAAAAACUGCAGAGGGAAGAGAGCUUCUCCAAUUACACUCUGAUCCCAGUGGACGAGGAGUUCUCCAGAGGUCGCGGUCUGGAUAUCGGCGCCCACGCCUGGAAGAAAGGCGAUGUCUUAAUGUUCUUCUGUGACGUCGACAUACAUUUCACCCUAGAGUUCCUCAACACCUGUCGACUCCACGCUGCACCAAAUAAAAAGGUCUUCUACCCCGUGGUCUUCAGUCUGUACAAUCCCGCCAUCGUUUAUGGAAAUCUGGAGCUGGCUCCACCCAUUGAACUCCAACUGAUUCAUAAAAAAGACGCUGGAUUCUGGAGAGACUUCGGUUUUGGGAUGACGUGUCAGUAUCGCUCAGAUUUCCUAAAUAUCGGAGGGUUCGACCUGGACGUGAAAGGCUGGGGCGUGGAGGACGUCCACCUGUACAGGAAGUACCUGCGGAGCGACCUGAUCGUGAUGCGGACGCCGGUGUCGGGCCUGUUCCACCUGUGGCACGAGAAGCAGUGUGCAGACGAACUGACCCCAGAGCAGUACCGCAUGUGCAUCCAGUCCAAAGCCAUGAACGAGGCGUCGCACUCUCACCUGGGGAUGCUGGUUUUCCGCGAGGAGAUCGAGGCUCAUCUGCGCAAACAGGCCUUCAAGACUCAGAGUAAGACGGAGGACUGACGGACACGGCGCCGCAUCAUUCCAACAGACACUGAGGUGCCGACAUUCUGAACGCACUACAGCAAAGACAUGUUUACACAGAUCCUUCUGCAUUUAACUGCACAGCUGUAGACAAAUGAAUGUACAAAACAACCGCAAUGACUAAUGUGAACCUUCACAACACGGUACAAGUCUUAUCCAGGAGCUGCAGCGGGAGCAAACAGAGCAGAUUUUCAUACGGAAAGGUUCUGUGUGUGAUAUUUAGGGACAUCUAGUGGUGAAGUCGGAUAUUGCAACCAUCUGAAUACCUCCCAGAAUCGUCUACAGUUCGUUUUGUCUGUUCUGUCUUUUAGUCACGGGGAUAUUAACUAGUGGGUGACACCGGAUCACAGCUACAAAACAAAAA